CCCGGCCCAAUCUGCAUCUGGACAUGUUGCAGGGCCGGCUGUCUGACUAGGUCCCUGAUUCAUCGACCGUACCCAGUGAAGGCGUUGCUUGCCCGUGAAUCACGGAUCAGAGCACAACAGUUGGCUGCAUGGCAGACGACUGCCUGCCUCCGAGCUGCUUACCGGCCCUGCGGACCAUUGUCUUGCGACGCCAUUUCAUCUCACAAGUACCGCAACUCCGCCAUUCCGACGACCUGCACCGUAUAGAGGCCAUGGGCGUAGCACACUGCGCUGUCCUGAGUCGCGCCCGCCACGUCCAGCAGCAGUACGAAGGAUUAAUCGACCUGGGCCGAGAACAUCUGCAAGUGACAGCCAGCAAUCAACACGUCCCUGGCGUGGUUCGCGUUCCUCCGGAAGCGAUCAAGUGUGAGAGAUUUGCUUCACUAAACACACUCGCAUUCCACCCCUUUGCCACGCCAUCCUCCCGGGCACUACGCCCACCGCGUCUGAUGUCUGGGCAUGGACGCCUCCAGAGCCAACACGCGCACCCACGACUCCGCAAAGCCACUCUUCCCUCACCCUCGAUUCCGACCCGAUCUCAUCUCCGGAGAUCGUGUAACAGGGCACCGAGGCGAAGAGAUAUCGCGGGCCCCAUCUGCUGCAUGCAAUGUAAAUCACCAUGGUGUAACGAAUCUCUCGCACCUACCCAAUCCGGCAGAUUGUAGAUCUUCAACGAAGUAUAACGAGACCCUUCCUCUCGCCGCGUC